AGAGGAGUCCCUGCAGCCCCAGGAGAGAGAGCCCCGGCCCGGCUGGACCCCCGGAGGAACACCCACAGAGAACCGCGUUUCCAGGGGAGAGGCCUCACACAAGGGCUGCAGCAUGUUUACUUCUGUGAAGGCCUUCGAGGGGCAGCAGUACUCGACCCUGAAGAGGCAGUGCCUGCAGAGCGGACUUCUCUUCGAGGACCCCAGAUUCCCCGCCUACGACGACUCGCUCUUCUACCAGGGCAACAGGAUCGGACGUGUGGUCUGGAAGAGGCCUCGGGAGUUGUGUGAAGACCCCCACCUGUUUGUGGACGGCAUCAGCGCCCACGACCUGCACCAGGGUCAGCUGGGGAACUGCUGGUUCGUGGCCGCCUGCUCCAGCCUCGCCUCCAGAGAGGCGCUGUGGCAGAAGGUUAUCCCAGACUGGAAGGAGCAGGAAUGGGACACGGAAAAGCCCGAAUCGUACGCGGGGAUUUUCCACUUCCGUUUCUGGCGUUUUGGGGAGUGGGUGGACGUGGUGAUCGAUGACCGGCUGCCCACGGUGGACAACCAGCUGGUCUACUGCCACUCCAACGACAGCAACGAGUUCUGGAGCGCGCUGGUGGAGAAGGCCUACGCUAAGGUGUACGGCAUCUACGAGGCGUUGGACGGGGGAAACACUGCGGACGCUUUGGUGGAUUUCACUGGUGGAGUUUCAGAGCCCGCAGACCUUCUGGAGGGUCAGAUGGCAACAGAUGAGGUCGCCAGAAACCAGCUGUUCGAACGAGUGCUAAAAGUUCACAACAGAGACGGAUUAAUCAGCUGCUCCAUCAGGGCGACCACGAUAGAGGACAUGGAGGCGCGGCUGGACUGCGGUCUGGUGAAAGGUCACGCCUACGCCGUGACGGACGUAAAGAAAGUGAGGCUCGGUCACGGGCUGCUGGCCUUCUUCAAGUCGGAGAAACUGCAUAUGAUCCGCAUGAGGAACCCCUGGGGAGAGAAGGAGUGGAGCGGACCCUGGAGCGACAGUUCGGAGGAGUGGAACAAGGUGAGCAAGAGUGAGAGAGAGAAGCUGGGAGUCACCGUGCAGGACGACGGAGAGUUCUGGAUGACCUUCGAUGAUUUCUGCCAGUAUUUCACGGACCUGAUCAUGUGCCGCCUCAUCAACACGUCGUACCUGAGCAUCCACAAAACCUGGGAGGAGGAAGUGAUGCGAGGAUCCUGGGUCCACCGUCAGGAUCCUCUGCGAAAUCGAUCAGGAGGAUGCAUCAACCACAAGGCCAGCUUCCUGCAGAGCCCCCAGUACGUGUUCGAUGUGAAGAAGCUGGAGGACGAGGUUCUGAUCUGCUUACAGCAAAAAGAGAAGAGAGCCACCCCCAAAGAGGGGAAAGGGGAAAACCUGGCCAUAGGAUUCGAUAUUCACCGGGUGGAGCUGAACAGGAAGUACCGGAUGCACUCGGCUCAGCAGAAAGUUGCCGGAUCGAUUUACAUAAACUCCCGCUGCGUGUUCCUCAGGAAGGAGAUGCAGGAGGGGCGAUACGUCAUCAUCCCCACGACCUUCGACCCCGGGCAGCAGGGAGACUUCCUACUGAGGGUCUUCACUGACGUGCCUUCAGACUGCAAAGAGCUGACUCUAGACGAGCCCCCUCAGACCUGCUGGACGGGGAUGUGUGGAUACCCUCAGCUCGUCACUCAGGUCCACGUGAUGAACGCUGAGGGUCUGCAGGGCCAGGACAACAACGGAGUUGUGGAUCCGUACGUGAUCAUCACCUGUGAAGGAGAGAGGGUUCGAUCGCCGGUUUAUAAGGACACUCGCUGCCCAAACUUCGACAUCAAAGGCCUGUUUUACCGCAAGAAACCCAAAGAAGGAAUCCACAUCGAGAUCUACAACAAGAACAUGAUCUUGGACACCUUCCUGGGUCAGGUGAUCCUGUUCAGCGACCCGAACGAGCGCCAGGAGAAUCAAACCCUCCACCUCCGAGACAAAGGCAGCCGUCAAGACAACGAUCUGCCGGGAACGCUCACUGUGCGCCUCAUCACCUCCACGGCGCUCACAAACAUCUGACAAACCGCCAUCUUUCAUCUGAAUCCAACAUUUAUCAAACAUCUGACAAACUGCCAUCUUUUAUCUGGAUCCAACAUCAAUCAAACAUCUGACUAACCGCCAUCUUUCAUCUGAAUCCAACAUCAAUCCAACAUCCGACUAACCGCCAUCUUUGAUCUGGAUCCAACAUCAAUCCAACAUCUGACAAACCGCCAUCUUUCAUCUGAAUCCAACAUUAAUCCAACAUCUGACAAACCGCCAUCUUUCAUCUGAAUCCAACAUCAAUCCAACAUCCGACUAACCGCCAUCUUUGAUCUGGAUCCAACAUCAAUCCAACAUCUGACAAACCGCCAUCUUUUAUCUGAAUCCAACAUCAAUCCAACAUCUGACAAACCGCCAUCUUUUAUCUGAAUCCAACAUCAAUCCAACAUCUGACAAACCGCCAUCUUUUAUCUGAAUCCAACAUCAAUCCAACAUCUGACAAACCGCCAUCUUUUAUCUGAAUCCAACAUCAAUCCAACAUCUGACAAACCGCCAUCUUUUAUCUGAAUCCAACGUCAAUCCAACAUCCGACAAACCGCCAUCUUUUAUCUAAAUCCAACAUCAAUCCAACAUCUGACAAACCGCCAUCUUUUAUCUAAAUCCAACAUCAAUCCAACAUCCGACAAACCGCCAUCUUUUAUCUGAAUCCAACAUCAAUCCAACAUCUGACAAACCGCCAUCUUUUAUCUAAAUCCAACAUCAAUCCAACAUCCGAAAAACCGCCAUCUUUUAUCUGAAUCCAACAUCUGACAAACUGCCAUCUUUUAUCUGAAUCCAACAUCUGACGCUCAUCUGUUUCCAUCAAUCUACUCGGGCUGCGAUCCUCCAAACAUGGCGGGAGCUCACUGUGUCUAUUCUUAUUUGGUGUGAAUGCUGAGAAAGCAAACACAACAUUAUGUUUUUCAACUUUUUUGAAAGUCUGCCUUCUUCUCCCACAUUUUGCAUCGCAGAAACUCUGUUGAUACAUCCUAACAUUCAGCUCGAUUAAGACAUGCGCGCUAUUACUUUGAACAUCCAUAAUUCCCAGAAAUAUUACCCACAAUUCAUCAAAACGUAACUACAGAAGUCUUCACGUUUUUAUGACACGUCUAAGCCAGCAUUGCCGUUUAGCGUCAUACAGCAUUCACACCGCAAUCUCUUCAGAAUUGCAUUCUCUUGUUUGGUGUGAAUGCUGGGAAGCCUUCUCACCAUAUGUUCUUAUACUGAGUUUGAUUCGCUUCUUCUCCCAAAUUCCUAAUCGCAGUCAGGUUUCAGCAUUCACACCGCAAUUUCUUCCGUACAUUUUAUUGGGACCUUAUCUUCUUCCACAUUUUUCAACCCUUAAACUGCUCCUUCACACUUUCACUCCAUUCAAACUUCAAAAUGUUCCACGUCUUUCGGACAUUAUUCCCAACAUUUAAAUCAGAUUUCAGCAUUCACACCGCAAUUUCUUCAGGAGUUGAAUUCUCUAGCUUCUUUUUGCUUCUGGAGGGUUUUUGACGUCCGACACAUAUUUCUGGAUGAUAAGACAAUGUUUAAUAUCUCUGAACACAUUCCUGCCCCCACGUUCGCUUCAGAAAUGUGUUCUUAAAGUCGAAAUUUCCCCUCACACACACACACCUUUACAUGCAGACGUGUGUGUGUGUGUUUCCAUGCAUGUGCCAUUGUUUCCAAAGGGCUAUGCAUUGCCUUAAGGUUGAGUCUCCACCUUGAGGAGACGGAGGAUAAAACACUUUCUCCAUCCUCACAGUUAGCACAGCCUCCAUUUUUUUGAUUUUUUUGCUCCACAGUUUCACUUUCGUUUUGCCUCUUAUUUUAAAACGUGGAUUCUCGUCCCGCCCUCACCUCUUUCACCAGUUUGCCGGUGCUUUCCGAGAGCAUGCAGCACUGUCUGUCACUUCUUAUCUCCACAAAGGGAAGCCAACAGCAGCUCCUCUGUUGUUGUUGUUGUUGUUGUUGUUGUUGUUGUUGUUGUGUGAAAUCCUGCCUCCUGUCUUCCUUCAGAGACACAAGACGCUUUCUGCCGGUUGCUAUGGAUGAUCUAAAAUAAACUGCAUGGCUUUAAAAAGAAACUCUCUGCCUGUGCUGCACAUUUGACCGGUCGUAGCUUAGUAGCCGGUGCUACUCUCCCCCCUUUUCCUCCCCCAAUGUGUACACAACCCAGUGGAGUGCAAGGAUAUCACCCGGACAUAAUCAAGUGCUUUAUGGGACUACUUUCUGAGUCCCUUUCAAACACACCCCUGUGCCACUUCAUCUCUUAACGGCAACACCACUGCCUGGCGCUGACUGCAGU